GUGAAGACAUGUGAAUCAAAUGUUUAUGUUUUAGAUUGCAAUCAAUUGAACAAAUUAUCACAAAUUAUAGGCUAAUAAUUGCUUGAAAUACAUGUGAAAUGUUGUGAAACAAUGUUUGUCGUCAACAAAAGCAUUCAUUGGCACCGAUUGUCACAAUUGUAUUUGAUAAAGAGUUUCGUUAGUCUCUGUUAUCACAACGAAAUGAUUCCUUAAUUCUGUGCUGUCAUUGAAGGACAUGACAUGUAUAUCGUCUCCAAUAGAUUUCAUUCAUUAUAUAAAUUGCAUAAACUCUGCAAAACUAACAUCACUUCACACUUCGCUUCAAUUAUGAGUUCCUGUGUUUCUCUCGACUUUCUGAAUGUGAACCAAGACUUUAAGUCAUUUAAUACUCGACAGCACUCGCACUCCAUCUCCGAAGGUGUGACCACUCAUUCAAACAAUGAAAACGAAGCUUAUGACUUUAGCUAUAAAGAGGCGAUCAAAGCGUUGAAUGGUUUGCAAUCAAACGCUCAAACGAUUUCAAAUGCCAUUCAAAGAGAGAAAGGAAGCAAUUCCUGCCAUUCGUUGGAUAAAACCAUUUACUUUCUAUCGCUUUUGGACAUUAAGCCCUCAGAUCUGAAUCAAUUGAAUGUAAUCCAUGUCUCGGGAACUAAAGGGAAGGGAUCGACGUGUGCUUUCGCUGACAGUAUUCUUCGUCGAUUUGGAUACAAAACGGGAUUUUAUUCAUCGCCUCAUUUAGUGGCCGCCAGAGAGAGGAUUAGACUCAAUGGCGAACCGAUCACCAAAAAACUGUUUGCAAAGUAUUUUUGGUCCGUUUAUAAGACAAUCGAAAGACGUAAAGACGCGUCGAUAGGAAUGCCUCCGUAUUUCAAUUUCCUGACUCUUAUGGCGUUUGAAGUGUUUCUCAAAGAGAAAGUGGACGCAACUGUUCUCGAAGUAGGCAUUGGAGGACAGUAUGACUGCACUAAUGUAGUGCCCAAACCAAUUGUGACGGGCGUCUCGUCACUCGGUUUGGAUCACUGCUCUCUUUUAGGCGCAACUAUAGAGCAGAUCGCGUGGCAAAAGUCCGGUAUCUUUAAGUCAUCGGUUCCAGCGUUUACUGUUGAACAAUGCGGUGCAGCGAUGAAAGUGUUGAAGAGUAGGGCUCAAGAGUUAAGAUCUUCAUCACUACAUGUCUGCCCACUGCUAUCACUUUAUCCGCAUUCGGUUCCCAUUGAACUCGGAAUCAAAGGUUUGCUUUCAGGAGAGGUUCAGAAAUUGAACGCCUCAUUAGCUCUUCAGUUGACGAACUCAUGGCUCAACAAAAUAAACAAUAAUAAGUAUCAGAUCUCUUCGUUCAUCACAAAAGACGGCACUUUUUGCGACAUUUUCCCACUCAAUGCAAACCACAUAAACGGACUCUCAAAGUGUUGUUGGCCCGGAAGGUGUCAAAUAUUGCGCAAAAACAAUUGCAUUUACUUCUUGGACGGCGCCCACACUCACGAGUCCUUAUCUCACUGUUCAAAAUGGUUUUGCGACGAAUCGCAGAAACUUUUGACUUCAAACCGUUUGGUCCGAGUAUUGAUAUUCAACUGUACGGGCGAUCGGCCGACAGAGAGACUCAUGAGAGCGCUGGACAUUAAGUUUGAUAUCGCAAUCUUCUGUCCAAACAAAGUCGAUAACAAUAAGGACUUUACUUCGGAUAACAGCAACUUUACAGUUACCUCACAACGAGAGGCCGAGAUUUGCUCUAUUAAUGCAAAAGUUUGGUCCAAAAUCAACGAAAAGACUCUUAUUUCAAAGCAAUCGUGUAUUUCAGACGCAAUCAAAUUCAUUAACGACAAAACCCAGAAAGAAAAACCACUUCCCGUUCAUGUGUUGGUAACUGGAAGUAUGCAUUUGGUUGGAAGUGUUCUCUCAUUGAUUGAUCCCGAUUUGCAGUCAUUGAACAAUUGAGUCCACAGUAUAUUCUGCCUUUAAAUCCCAC